CUCCGUGUUCGGUAAAGCAGAAAAGCACGUGGCUGCUGCUGCGGCGGCGGUCUGGCCGCACACUUCGCCGACGGCCCUCUCCGUCUGUUCCGCCGGCUGCGUCACCGCUACCGUUCUUUUAUCAACUCCUGGACGGGUGUCGUCUGGACUGUAAGAAAACGCGACGUUUUGAGGAGGUCCCCGACGGGUUUUCAUGACACUAUGCUCGCUUGGAAACAAUGAGCGACCUCCUUUUCGGACGGGCCGGCGUCUGUCUCGGCUGCAAGGACUCCCCUUUGAUUCCUACAGGGGUGUACCCGCGUAUCAUCGUGUCCUCCGUUGUACGUGUUCAUUGCUAGAGGUUGGACAACAAGGUGCCUUCCCCCCGAACAGGAUCACCUCUUUCGGGACCGCGACGCUGGAUCCGCGGUAGGGGCCACUCGUUGUCUUUCCUCGAAUUCUACCUGGCCCAGCGUUGCGUCUUGUUCGGAGCUGCGACCUCGUUUGAAGCAGAAGACGCGGAGGUGAGAGCCGCGGCGCUGGUCGUCGCGCGAAAGCGGUGCUGGUGUCGCGCCCUAAGCAACUGUCGCCGCCAUGCCCGGGAUGUGCGAUUGCCAGGAGAGGCGGACGUCGCAGCCACACGGCCCCACUCCCCCCUCGAGCGUCAGGGCCAACUUUGGGGAGCCCGGCUCGCCACUGGCUGCUGCUGCCGGCUGCGGCACCUCGAGCUACGACUGCUGCUUGUGCCGCUCUCGCGGCCAUUCCGGUGCGACCCAACGACGUUCCGGAUUCUUCGGGAUUCGACCCGUGGGCUCCAGCAUGUACGGCAUGGACGACCACCACCCUGGAGGAGGGGGCGGGGGCAGCCUGGUCAGCCCGUCAUGGCGCAGCGCGCACUUCGCGGCACAUUCGCAGCUGGGCUGGCCGCUGUCCAUGACGCUCGCCGACCUGCACGACGACACGCUCCUGCCCACGGGACUCGGCAACGACCCGCGCCAGUGGAGCAAGCACAACGUGUCCAUGUGGCUCGAGUGGUGCACCGAACAGUUCUCCCUGGUGCCCACGGAUUCGGAGAACUUCCACAUGAACGGAAAGGCGUUGUGCCUGCUGUCCAAGGCAGACUUUCUGGAGCGAGCCCCUAAGGCAGGAGAUGUCCUCUUCAAUGCCCUCCAGCUUCUUUUGCACAGGGCUCUGCACACAGCACGGCUCACUAAUGGUACACAUGGUAAUGGAUCUGUGCCCAGAAACACGGUCAUCACGAGAGACAUCCAGGGGUUUGGCCAGGUUUUGCUACAAGACCCAACAUCUUACAAUCAGCCCCUGCAGGUGUCUCCCCUGUCAGCAGAGGUGGACAGCACUGUGAUUCUGAGCCCCGACCCCAGCUCGGGUGGCGAGAGUGUCCAGGGGGACUCUGCUGGCAUGCAGGCUGGCAGCAGCACACCAUCGUCCAAUGGAGGAGGUCCUGGCUCAGCCAAAAACUCCUCUCCACCUCCGUCCCUUGCAGCCACCCCCCUGCUAGUGGACAAGCAGGGUGUCGUGGAUUUAGUGCGGCGGAGUCCAACGCCGCCGACCCAAGUCGUGUUCCCACCGAGGGGAGGGAUGUCGGCAUUUCCAGGCAUGCUCCCUGACGUGGCACUCCACUCAAUGAUGCCACCCGUGGCUGCCAAGCCACCACAGCUGCCACCUCCUGUGGCGCUCGCCGGGCCUCCAGUGACAGCACCCGCAACUGGCCGUGUUGUUGCUGACGCCCCAGGUGACAAGAUGAGUGUCCGCUUGCUGUGGGACUUCCUGCAGCAGCUGCUUAAUGACCCCGAGCAGAAGUACCGCUACUGCAUCACGUGGAAGGACCAGGCCAAGGGCGUCUUCAAAAUAACUGACCCGCACCGGCUGGCCAAGCUCUGGGGCAUGCAGAAAAACCACCUGAACAUGAACUUCGACAAGAUGUCGCGUGCCAUGCGCUACUACUACCGGGUCAAGAUCCUCCAGAAGGAGCCUGGCGAGCGACUUUGUUACAGGUUUCUGCGGCCACCCACGGAGCUACGGUACUGCAAGCAGCGGUCGCUUUUGGAACGAACAGUGUCAGACGCCGCUGCAGCCCGCGAGGGAGAGGAAGAAGAGGCCUCGAGCGCCCUAGACAUGAGCAUCAAGGAAGAGUGCCUUUCGCCCUGUAUCGAGAACGACUGAGCACACACCUCCCGUGCCUUGCUUCCUUUCUUCGUAUACGGUACCUGCUGCAAAUGGCUGUGCAGGCAUCAAGCCUGCCUUCCCCGUCUUGAAAGCCACCGAGUGCCUCCUACGGCACACACUGCAAGCCCUCUCCUUGGUGCCUGAUGAAAAACAGCUUAUAUGAACGCACCCUCAGCUUGUGUUUUUUUUUUUUACUUUUAGCCGAGACAGUGUGUGACAGUGAUAAUCUGCAUGGUGGUAGAGAGCUGCAUCGCCUAGCGUGAGGUGACAGCACAAGAAUUGUCCUUCGUCAUUGUCCCCAUCUGUGCGAAGCAUUGUAAAGGUCCCUACAGUCCACUCAGGUGUUUUGUGUUGCGUCUCCCAUGGCAUUGGUGAUCUUGUAGCAGUGGUGUCAAGAUAGCACCCCGGUGUCGUGUGCAUAGUACUGGACGCGGCGUUUUUUUUUUCUAUUUCUUAGUGUUACAUGCCGUGUGCAAGGAUGCGGUCUCACGAGGAAGUACCCUUAGUGUGUAUUGGUCCGCAAGUCGAUUGCGACAGCAGCAACCACCGGACAACAGUGGUGACUUUUCCAAGACUUUGGUGGUGACGUAAAGCACAAUUGAGUGAACAGCGUGUUUCGCUUUGCACAUGCGCAUCGCUGUGACCGGCAUCAACCGUCCUGUGAAGCAGACACACUGAACAGACGCAGUGGGACACUUUUGCUGUCCACUUUGUACAAGGUGAAUGUAUGCACAUCGCGUGUACAUGCAUGUUUGUGUGUGCAAAGAUUUGUACAGUGCCUUGAGAAGCCAUUGCAAGCUUCCACAUGGAUAUAUUGCUCAUGGUGCCAUGCGGUGGCACUGUCCAUACAACUACAUGACAGGUGUGACAUGAUGUGACACAAGAUUUUCAAAGUGACCAUUUCGGGCUCUGCACGUUUGGAUUCUGCACUGCUGAUAUAUUGAGAUGUGCAGUUGUCUUAUAUGAGUUGCAUUUUUUACACGGGAUAGUUUGGCUGUGUGUAGCUAUCUUCACGGGACAUGCUGAUCUCAAUGGCAAUAGUUAGCUACAUUGGUUCGAGGCUAGUGCGGAAGAUGUGUGAUGUGCCAUUCAUUCGCUGCUGAAUUGUUGUGUCCCAAAAGAAUGGAUUUGAGAUUUCAAAGACAACUGCGCUCAAAGCCAGCUGCUAUGUGGGUCAGCUGUUUCUUUUUUCUGUUUUUAGCGAGCAAGUUUUUAUCCUUGUUUUUGUUUUGUUUUCUUCUCACAAACCAUAAAAAAAGAAUUAAUCCUAGCAAAUCAUUCUUCUACCCUUCAUGUUGUUUCUCACGGUCAUCAUUUGCUUAGGUUUGCACUUUUGGCAUCGUCACCCAUGAUAAUGGAUUGCGAAAGACAACUGCAAGAGCAUUCAUGAUUAGCAUUCGUGGUUCGCUUGUACAUGAUUUGUUGAGUGCUGUGCUUGCAUUGUGCCUAGCUGCAAUGUGCAUUGCGCAGUUGCAUUGUGCUGAGUUGUCCUCAGCAUCUUCGAAUAACUGUUGCCAUUGAAGAGCUUUCUUUUUCUCUUCCAUCUGCAAUGAGUGGAAAGUUCGAUAAGAAUAAUGGAGCACGGAGGUUGGCCCAAUGUGAGUUGUGCAAUACGCCAUAUCGUAGACACGUCGUUGCUUCCUGUACUACAAGUUUCUUUCUGCAUUUCUGUGUCAAACAAUUCAUUGAUUCAUUGUAGUCUCUAUGACACUUGCUUUUCUUCACAUUUUGCAAAAUAUACAGUAGACUUUCGUUAAUUUGGCCGUGACAGAACCGAUAAAAUUGGUUUAAUUAUCUGGUGGUUUUAAUUAAACUAGAAGCAUAGAACAUGCGAAAACACGCCAAUUAUUCAGUUAGCAGUAUCUAUCCCGACUCUAAAAUGUGCCCGAAUAAAACACGCACCCUCUUUUUAUGGUUUCGAAGUAGAAAACUGAAGUUAACAUAAAAAUGACCUUAUAUCUUCUAAACAAAGUAGAAAUCUAAUGCACACCUGAUCUUUUAGGAAGAAGAACAUAGCAUUCCUCCGUUUCUUGCAAUAAAAUUAUGCAACCAGUGAACUUCACCAUCGCAGAAUGCAAAUUUAUGUACCUAAUGUCCGUCAUCAUCACUUGAGUGCUUUAUCACUGUCUGUGAAGAAUCACAACAUGAUGACUCUGCAAUAUCCAUAGUGUUUAUGCUAUCCUGCAUUUAUCACAAAACUGCAGCAAUUGCCAACAGGAUUGUGGCCCAUGCCAGAUUAGCCAUUCCGCUAGCUUGUCCGGAGAAUUGCAUGCAAUUCUCCGAACAAGUUAGCAAUGUUGUCUUGCGGGAGGACCAGCCAAGAUAAAAUCAUCCGACUUAUGCAAAUUCCAGGAUCGAAAUCUCAGAUAUAUGAUCCUAUAGAUACGUGCGAGUGGUGGCCAGGAACUUCGGCCUCAGUCAAAUUGACCGAAAUGUAGUAUUUAUCCACAGUUGAAUGAACGAAAGUCUACUGUACAUGAAAACUGCAUCCUUCUUUACUUUUGGAUCUUGUGCUGUAAAUUAUCAAAUAGGGAAUUUCCAGAUUGUCUUUUCAUCUUUUCCUGCAUUGGGUACCAUUAUUUUAGAUGUCUUGUCUAAGAUUGGUGAAGCUGGAACUGCUUGCAUACGCUGCACAAUGGCUCACUGUUCUCUACAUGCCCGCGAGUUGCAUUGCAGCAUUGGAAAUGAAAUGGCAGUGAGCAAUGACAACACAAGUAAGAGGUAUUGUUUUGGCGGAAGCUAGACUGCAGCCAAAUUUACUUGCUGUCCUGCCAACUUCUUACCUUCGCAUUCUGUUCUUGUCUUCUGGCCUUGCUUUAGUCAUUUACAAUGUACCUUAAUUACUUUAAUUGCAUUCAUUCCCUUCUUCAGAAAGUUAUUUUACCUGCCGUGUACACCAUGGACCCUGCCUCCUCAUCCACUGAGUGUUGCAAUUGGCCUUCUGAAAAUUCCCAUUUGAUUUCCCUUUCUUAGGUAUCGUUUUCAUAUUGUAUACUUAUUUGGGCAUUUAUUCAGAUCACCAAGUGUGACAAGGCCUUAAACACUGGCUGAAACAUCAUCUAAUGUUGAACAUGUCUUCCAUGUUUAGCUCUCUAUUUCAUGCAUGCAGGGAGUGUGUAAGUCAUGGCAGAAACGUGAUCAUGACAGGCCCAGUGCUUGCGCUAAAGAGCUGCUAUGAGCCUUAAUGAGCUGUGGUGUGAUUAAAAUCGUCAUGGAACAUUUCAA